GCCCGCAUUUAGGGCUGGAUAUUCAAAGCGGCUAUGUCUUCUAUGCUUGUUAAUAAAUGCAGUUGAUUCUAAAUAAAUGAUGCUGUUUUAUUCAUUAAUUUAGUGAACUUCUCAACCACAUGUUAUUGUUCUUUGGAACUGUAUGCUAGUACUAAGGUUCAAAGACAUGGCUUUUCUGCUUUUACUACUAUUUAUACUAGAGGUUCACUCGCUGAAUAUUUCGCAUGUUAUCGAAGUGUAUACUAACAUUUGUGGAUCUAAACUUUGUGGUCGUUCUACACAUGCUACACAAUCGGAUAUAAUCAAGAGGUUCAACAUAUCUGAAUGCCCUCCUUGUUACUGUGACAAACAAUGUUUUUCGCAGGGGAACUGUUGUCCCGAUUUCUAUUUUUCUUAUCCCUUAAAAUGCACAAACACAAACAUUGUAGAAAAAAGUCCUUAUAAAAACAGUACUUCAGUUCUAAUGGUUGAUACUUGUCCAUCCUUUGCCGACAACAAAACAAUGUAUCUAUGCGAAAAGAAGAACGACGAGCUAAUAGAUAAAAUACAAAAUUCACCGGUUACUUCUACAAGAAAUAAUUUGAUUUAUAGAAAUAUUUAUUGUGCGUUGUGUCAUAAUGAAACUAAAGAAAAUCUAAUUAAUUGGAAGCUGGAAAUUCAAUGUACCGAUUUCGCAGAUUUCAAUUUCCUAUCGUCAUAUGAAGAAAUCCUUAAUACUGUUAAUGCCAAAAGAUGUAAUAUCGGAUUCCACACCGAUAUUCCAACACGUGAUUUACCGAUAUGUAUCUCAGUGGAUGAAAUACGAGUUCAAAAAUGCAAUAUUACUGGAACAUGGAAAAAGUAUGAUUCAGAUAUUCAAAAAGCGUGUGAGACAUAUAAUCAGAAAAGUUAUCCCUUUUUCAAGAACAUAUUCUGUUUUAUAUGCAACCCUCCACGCAACCAAGAUAAUAUUAUUUCUCAAUGUAACAUAACCGGUCUAUGGCGGCAUAAUGAUUCAAAUUUAGAACAAGCAUGCAAAAUGGGUAUGUCAUCUACAAUCGUACUUCCGUUUAGAAAUAUUUAUUGUUACAUAUGUAACAAUGGUAUAGUGAAUCAUGUGAAUAAUGACCUAGUGAAUUUCGCUAUGAGAAAUAAAUGUCAGUUAUCAAGUCGACCACCAAAACCUGUAAAUCCAGCGAGAAGGAAGGGUGUGGAAAUAAUGUUUAACAAAAGUAACGUUACUAGACGGUGGCACAGAAUUGAUCCAGAUAUCAAAUAUGUAUGUGAAAAUAUGAACACUUCGACAUUUUCUACAAUUUUCUGUCUCAAUUGGCACCCUAAUCGUCAUAAUGAAACGUUAAUUUCAUCAUGCAAUAUGACUUUGAAAUCGUCGAUGUAUGAUUUUAAUACAAUUGAACAUCUUUGUUUAACUCUUCCUGCUAUUGCGAAUGAGGCACCGUAUAAAAAUGAGUUGUGUAGACAAUAUAAUGAAUAUUCAUAUUUGUUUUCAAGUAGUCACAUAAUAACAACUCACAGACCACCACCAAAUGGUUUGCCUUCAUUCCGAGUCUUAUUUACAUUACAAUUAACAAGUUAUGAAAACAAAUUAGACAGUUCAAAUGAAAGCAGUUGUGAUGAUGUGUUUAUCCAGGAAACGGGUGAAUGUCGGAACUUGAAGUGCUAUCCAGGUAGAAUUUUGAUUAAUGACUCUUGUAUUCCACUUCUUCCAACAUCUACUAAUCUUGGAUAUAUAUUAGCCGUCGGUAUGAAAAGUUUACUAACAGAAACGAUAAACUCGACUCGUUUAUUUUUACAAUCCAUUGAUACGUUUUUUCAAAUGCAUCUAUAUAGAAAAUUGGAAUUUAAAAUGAACUCUUGCACCGAAUCAUCACUUUUACUGACAGAUUUAAGCUGCGGCACUGGAACAACAUGGGAAAAUGGUACUGAAAUAAUUCUUGUUGGUCAGCUUACUAUUUUUAUACCAGAAUAUGUCAAUUGA